CAGCCUGAUGAUUGGUCAUCCACGAAUCCAUGUUUGAAACGUGAUUUUCUUCUCCGGACGCUUCUGUCGUCUUCGUCUCGGUGGGUUGUUUACUGUAUCAAGUAUUUCAUAUAGGAUGCCAGUUCACCCGCGGGAUAGAAAAGAGAAUAACCACGAAGAAAUGGACGUGGACUAUCCGGAACAAGAGGCCAGCAGCUCCGACGAAGAGGACUCCGUGAGCUCGAGCGCGUCUGAGGAUGGAGACACUUCAGACAUGGAUGAUGAAGACUGUGAAAGAAGGCGCAUGGAGUGUUUAGAUGAGAUGACAAAUCUUGAGAAGCAGUUCACAGACCUGAAGGAUCAUUUGUAUAAGGAGAGGCUAACUCAGGUGGAUCUGAAACUGCAAGAAGUGAUUGCUGGCAGUGCUCUGGAGUACCUCGAGCCCCUGGUCACCCUGCAGGAGAACAUGCAGAUCCGAACCAAAGUCGCAGGGAUCUAUCGUGAGCUCUGCUUGGAAUCGGUCAGAAACAAAUACGACUGUGAGAUGCAAGCAGCCAGCCAGCACUGGGAGAGUGAGAAGCUCCUGCUUUUCGACACGGUUCAGGGUGAACUGGAAGAGAAGAUCAGACGACUGGAGGAGGACAGACACAGCAUAGAUAUAACUUCAGAACUGUGGAAUGAUGGUCUGCAGUCUAAGAAGAAUAAAAAGAAGGACCCCCUCAGUCCUGGAAAGAAGAAGAAACCUGUGGUUGUGUCAGGACCAUACAUUGUUUACAUGUUGCAAGACCUGGAUAUACUUGAAGACUGGACUGCCAUAAGAAAGGCAAUGGCUUCAGUGGGUCCUCACAGAGUAAAAGUAGAUGCUCCUGUGAAACCAGAACGACACCAUCAUGUUGCCCGAUCAGAGGAUGGACGCCUGUUCUAUGACAACAAAUGGUACAGCCGGGGUCAGGCCAUAUGUAUCAGCAGGAAGGACGAGUACCCCACCAGUGCCACAAUAACCACUGUUAACCAUGAUGAAGUUUGGUACAAACGUCUGGAUGGCAGCAAAUCAAAGCUUUACAUCUCUCAGCUCCAGAAAGGCAAAUACACUAUAAAACACUCAUAAAGACCCUCCUCCGUUCCACGCCGUUCUCCGUUUGUCACCAUAUCGACUCGUUCAUGCUGGAUGCUCUUACAUGCAUGUAUCACAUGUUUGCACUUCCUAAGCUCGAGCUGCUAAACAAACACCUGGUUGCCAAGGAAAAGUGAAAGUGUGUGCCUUGAUGACAAGGAUGAGCCAGUAAAGCCUUGUUCAAAGCAGAAGCCCAGCUGAUUGGUAUUGCUUAUCCUGGACACAUGACAGUUUCCAUGCCUUUAUGAAAUACAGAGUUUGAUUUAUGGAGCAUGUCUCAGUGUUCUGCAAUGAGUUAGUGCCAUGUGUCCUGUUCUGUGUCUCUGAGAUGCAUAAUGUUUUAAACAACAGAACGGUCCAUGAAGUGUUAUUUUUGUACUUGUUCUAAAAAAAAAAAAAAUGACAAUAACUUGUGAAUUCACUCUAAAAGUCUAUAAAAUGUAUAUAGCAGUAUUUAGGAGAUUGUCUUAGUUUAGUAUGUAUUAAGUCAUGUAUUUGUUUUGUAACUAUUAUUAUUUUCCGUUAAAACAAUCCAAUGUAGCAUAUUCUGAGCCUUUGAUCAAAUAUAUGAUUCAUCUCUGGCUAUAUUUCUGGUAAAUAUUGUAGUUUUUGAUUGCCCCUGAAGAGAUUUGUGAAAUCUCCAACAAUUGUGCUGAAUGAUGUUGUAUUUUCAGUAAUUAUCAAAUAGUCUCAUACAUUUUAUAGUGUUUUAGCCCUUUGUAAUUGUGUAUCGAGUUGCAUGAUUUGACUUAUUGCAUCAAUUAUUAUUAUUAUUAUUUUUAUUACUGAUUUAAAAAUGCUUUAAUUGAUGCAAUACCAAACACUACACCAAUCCAGACAAAAGAACCAUGUCUUCCGGACAUCACAGAGCCACCAAGGUCCAACACAUCCGUUUAAUAAACAAAUCUCCUCAAAUCAGUAAGGAGUAAAUCAUAUCUGAGUAUUAUGUGACUGAUAAAAUGAUUUUUGUAGCAAAUAAAGAGCUUUGACUGGACUGUGAGUUCACAGAAUGUAAUUAUAUUGCUUUAUUUGACACUGGAGUUUCUGUUCGGUUCACAGUGGAAAUAUCAUAUUCUGUUAUAAAGUUGAUUUUGCAUGGCA